AUGAAGCUGUUUAGUGGGCUCAACUUCUUGGUGAUUCCCUCACUCGAGCCACCACGGAUCCAGUUUUUGAGGGGCCUCAUUGAAGAAAAUGGCGGGGCGGUUUCUGAAUCAACCUUGCCUGGGUUUAUAAUCUUAGUGAAUGACUCUUUCGUUAGUGAGUAUGGGGAGCUCACAAAGCUCGAGCUCUUCCAAAGCGAGUGGGACUAUACAGAUACGGUUUGGGAUGCCAUCUCUUCAGUCAGGGACGUUGAAGCUUACAGAAUUAGUUGGAUAAGCGUAUGCCUGAAGCAACGCAGACUUAUAAGAAACGCUGAUUUGAGGAUAUCCGUCGCCUUACGUGACGAGGAAGCGUUAGAAUCAAGACAUUUAACAUUUGAGGACGAGCCCGAAGCUUCAACAGAAGUUUAUACUGAUAGCGAAACAGACAUAGGGUCAUUCAACCCUGAGGGCCAGUCACAGGAAGUUACAUCCUUAGCUAAAGAAAGUAUCGUGAACGUUAGUACCGGACCAGUAGGAAGAGAACAUUGCAAAGAAAUAAAUGCGAACUUGAUCCAGUUUCUCGAGCAGUUAUCAGCCAAGUUCCACCGUCAGGGGGACAAAUUUAGGUCGCGAUCAUACCAGCUAGCUUUGCAAUCCAUCAAAAAGCAUGGAAAACCGAUUACGAGUGAAGAAGGAGCGUUGUCUUUGCCCAACAUAGGACCGAGCAUUGCUAGCAAGAUCAAAUUAGUAUUGGAUGUUGGAAGUCUGCCAGGUCUCCAGCUUUCCACGGAGCGCGAAGAACUCCUUGAGUACUUUAUGAACUGCUAUGGAGUGGGCUCUCAUACGGCUCGCAAAUGGGCUGAUGGUGGAGCACGGACAUUCAAAGAUGCUCUAAAACUGUUUCCUUCUGAUUUCUCGUGGAGUAUACUCUUCGGAUGGAAAUACUACGAUGACUGGACGCAGCGAAUACCGAGGCAAGAAUGUGCUCAGCAUCUGAAAAUAGUUGAGAGUGUGCUACAGAACGUUGAUCCGCAAGCUCGAAUAGUCAUAACAGGCAGCUAUAGGCGUGGUGCUGCAACGUGCGGCGACAUAGAUAUGGUUUUGUACAAACAAGACUGCGAUAGUUUCGAUGAGUUAUCUCAAAUCUUGGAGACUGUGGUACUGAAGCUGAGCGAAACAGGUUAUAUCGUUUGCCCAUUGAACCUUAACCAGCAUAUUUUACAUGCAAUGAAGCCCUGUAUUAACGAAGUGGCAGAGGCUGCUGGACUAGAUUCAUAUUCUGUCACAUCCUUCAAAGGAGUUCUUCACAAAUUCUACUUUGGCGGUAGGAUUACUGAUGGCCAGAAAACUACAUCUCCGCUGGCCUCUUACAGUUCGCGACUUAAAGAGGCCGAUCAAUUCUUGUCCGGCAGUUGCCUAGAAAACAAGUGUCGCAGAGUAGAUAUCUUGCUGUGCCGCUGGGCCCAGCUAGGCGGCACCAUGAUAUAUUUCACAGGGAACGAUGACUUUAAUAAGAGCUUGAGACUGAGAGCCACUAAGCGGGGUUGGAAGCUUAGCAACAACGGGUUGUACCAAGCAGCCCAGGUUCCAGGUCAAGGCGACACUCUUCUGGAGGCAUUCAGUGAACGGAGAAUCAUGGAGUUGCUUGGAGUGCCGUGGGUACCUCCAGAGCAAAGAAAUAUUGAAGGUUACAUUUGA